GUGUGUGUCAAGAAUGAUCAUAAACAAAAAUGCUAUUGCUGCUUUGAGCCAAGAAAAAAAGAGGUGUAAAUGUAUAAAUUGGUCUUUUUAAGAUCAUUCUGAAAAUGCUUGUGGCUACAUCUAGUUUUGGCUGGGUUUGCCAUGCUGUCAUUCCAUUAACUGCUUUGUCCAUGACUUCUAGAGUUCAUAAAAAUUAGAAAUGUGAUUUUAAUUUCUCCUCACCCUCAGAGCACUGAAACCGUAGUUAAAUAACACUAUGCUACACAGUGCUACAAGGGAGAGUGGAGGGGGGUGUAAAAAAAUUUUUACGUAUUGGCCUUGAUUUCACCUGAGAACUGCAACUUUACCUAAACAGACAAGUAUUUUCUCAUAAAAUAGAAUAUAAAAAUAAUAAACUAAGCUCAAGAUAUAAAUUCUAAAAUGGCCAGGACAGAUCUGGACUGCGGAGAUCUCAUUACAGAAGUACCUGGGAAAACCAGUGUGAGUGAAUGAAAAAAGAAAGAGGUUGACCCACAACCAUGUAAUAAAGUGCACUUUAUGUGUAUUAUAUAGUUGUGGAUAACAUCUUGAUCUUUAUGACUUCCCCGUGGACUUGGUACCUGAUAGCUUUCAUUGCUACUAGCAAUGUAAACAAUCAGGUGGAAGGAAGAUGAAAAAAACUAACCGUUGCUAGUCAAAACGUCAUCGGAAAGGGAUAAUGGUGUCUCUGAAAUCUGGAUUUAUUGUUUAACUCCAAUUCUUUUUCUGGGCCUCCUGGUUCAAGUACUGAAACCCUGCAUAAUUUAGGAACAGAGUAUCUCAAGAAAUGCACUAUGUUUCAGUAUGGUUGCUUUUGACCUCUUUGGAGGUCAAAAGCAACCCUAUUUGUUGGAGACCACUUCUCCAGAGGUCUCCAACAAAUGGAGCAAAGUGGGUUCUUUGGAGUGACAGGCGCCUCUUACAUUCUGUGGAAGGAAAGAAAAUGAUGAUUAGCACCAAGGUGGGUGGACUCAGUCCUAGUGCACCACUGGAAGACCUGAGAGAGAAGGUGAGGGAUAGAUCUUCAUGGAGAAAAGCUAUCUAUGUAGCCACGAAGAAUCAGCAAUGACUCCAUGGUAGAUAAUAAUCAUUUGAUUAUAUUUUUGUUACUCUUCUUUAAAGAGUAGGUCUAACAAUUAUGGUUAAUCCAGAAAAUUUCAAUUAUUGAGUGGAUUAGAAGUAAAAGUAUCGUUAUUGUUUAUAUCAAUCAUUUGCUCCUUUUUUCCUAUAAAAGUAUAAGGAUUAAUUGUAACCACAUCCCUUAAAUAUGGGGAGCAGAGAUCUCAUUUGAGUAGAACACAUUUGUAUCUAUCUGCACAUGCAUGCCCAAACCCAUUAUUUAAAGUUGGAACCUCAACGGCAUCUCCCUAUGUACCCACUUAAUUCUAUUCUACUUUUUUCUUUGUUGAAUAUAGAAGAAGAAAAACCCGAUAUACUGCAGAACAGCACUAGUCUCCAGAAUAAUGCUAAUUUCCAGAAAGGGAUACAGACGUUUGAGCUUUGACAUCAUUGCCCACCGACAGAUCCGUCGAAAGGUAAAGGAUCGAUGGAAACAUAUCUUGGAAGUCUUAGGAUUCAAAGCUGAAGCAGAUGGCCUACUCACUGUAACUUCCUGUACUUCCUAUGAAUCUCUCCACAAUCCUCAAGAGGCUCGCAGACUCCACACUAUCCUGGCUGAACAGACAUCAAUUUUUGGACAUCAGCAUGGUGGUCCACCAGAGAGAUAUCUCUUUGUCUUGGACCGGCUUAUUCUUCUUGAUGUGGGAGAUGAUUUUCUGUCAGCUGCACGACACUUUUAUCCUGCAGAGGAAGAAGACGACAAUAUGUCUUUCAGUGAUGGAGGACCAUCUACUCCUGGUCCCGUCUUAAUACAAUUAAAUAAUGAAAUUCAAAAAGAGGCUGAAGUAGAAGAGGGGGAGGAAUUAAAGGAGGACUAUACACAUUUUGAAGAGGCAAAAGGAGAUAAUUGACAAAUCUGAGGAAAGUACCAUGAAGAGAAGUAAACUCAAAUAAUUUAGUAUGGGUCGAUGAAGGAUUAGAGCAGGGGUUCUCAUCCUUCAUUUUUUAAAUUUCACCAGUUAUCAUAAGAAUUAGGAUCCACAUAAUACAAAAUAAAACUCCCCAUACACUGACAAUGAUAGCUGUAUAUUUACAAAUAAUCUGUUACUAAAUUUAUCAUGUACAGUAAGUUUGAAAGACUUGAAAUUUCAUAUAGUUAUUCUGUGUCCCAUCUAGAGUGCUUCUGAAUCCCAUUGAUGCCUUUAUUGAGUCUAGAUAACUUACAUUAUGGAUUUUUUAAAAAGUUAUUUUUCAUAGAAUAAACUUACCUUUCCUUA